CUGGGGCUCACCGGCCCCGACAUGCGGCUGCUGCUGGGGGCAGCGCUCCUGUGCCUCGGCCUGAGCCCGGGCCACGGCUCCGAGGAGGCAGCGCCCGACAGCCCCGGGCACCAGGACCCGCAGGCGGCGGCAUCCUAUUCCGACUGGGGCAUCGACACCAUCCGCGAUGGCUUCGAAGCGGUCAACAGCUACUUCGACUCCUUCCUGGAACUGCUCGGGGGGAAAAACGGAGUCUGUCAGUACCGCUGCCGAUAUGGGAAGGCUCCCAUGCCACGGCCUCACUACAAACCCCAGGAACCCAAUGGCUGUAGCUCCCAUUUUCUGGGGCUCAAGCUAGACUUGGGCAUCCCUGCCAUGACCAAGUGCUGUAACCAGCUGGAUGUUUGCUAUGACACCUGUGGGGCCAACAAGUACCGCUGCGACGCCAAGUUCCGCUGGUGCCUGCACUCCAUCUGCUCCGACCUCAAACGCAGCCUGGGCUUCGUCUCCAAGGUGCAAGCCUGUGAAUCCAUGGCAGACACGGUGUUCAACGCAGUCUGGACCCUGGGCUGCCGGCCCUUCAUGAACAGCCAGAGGAGCGCCUGCAUUUGCAGCGAGGAGGAGCGUGAUGAGCUGUGAGCAGCAGCAGCCUGCCAGUGUCUGUGAGUCCCUCUGCAGCACAGAGACUCCUGUCAGCCCUGGGAUGGGCUCCUGAGCUGCUGCCAGAGCCCCUCUGCAGCACAGAGACUCCUGUCAGCCUUGGGACGGGCACCUGAGCUGCUGCCAGAGCCCCUCUGCAGCACAGAGACUCCUGUCAGCCCUCAGGAGGGGCACCCAAGCCAAGGCACCCACAGCAGCCUCGGGGCAGGGCAGGGCAGGGCAGAGCCAGCCCAUGGACAGAGGGCAGCCCUCCCAUUGCUCCUUCCCAAGCCCACAGGAUCCCAUGCCAGUUCUCUCCAAGGCAAGCAGGAUGCAGUGCUGCUUAUGAACACAGGACUUACCUUGAAUGCCUGCUAUCACCUCCCCCCGCCGUGUAACUCUCCAAUUUGCAGUGCAAGGCAGUAGGUUUCUGCAAGCCCUGUGAAACUCCCAGUGCAUGGAUAUGCAAUGUACUUUUUUGCACCCCUGGUGGCAGACUGAAGAGGGGUAAUUUGCUUUCAGUGCAUUGUUCACACCCAUCCCUGCCACUUUCCAUCCUGUCAUUACACGCCCUGACAACCCUGAAUAUUUAAAUACUUGGUGCACCCUAAACUGAUUUAGGACAUCUGGAGAUUUCUUAAGCAUGAGUUAAGGAGAAGGGCUUGAGGUGUUUGUGGUACCAAUUGAUAUUCAGGACCAAAGCCCAGCAUUUAUCAGAUGAGAAAUCACAGCCCUCUCCCCCAGUCUCAGGAGAGGAAGCCACUUUUCUUCUGCCAGUGUCAUCCACAUACAUUUAAUUACUUUUCUCCUGUAGCAUUUAACAAAGCUUUGCCCUCAGGAUCCCUUUUCACACAAAAUGGCUGGGAAUUCAACUCCAUCUCUAGCACAAGCAAAACAGGAGGCUCACAGUGGACGGAUGAGAUAUUCCAAAUUCUGGAGCCUUAUCUGUCAGGUGACAGGACUUAUGUGCUACCUCUGUGGGGCUGCUAUCAGCAGCCUCAGACAUCAUUCCUUCUAAAACGUGGUUAAUGCCCCCAUCUGUUAUGGGGAGCUUUUGUUGCAUGCAAAACCAGAAUUUAAAGUGGUGCAUGGCAUUUUGCCUCCACAGAACAUUGGCAGGCAGCUUUCAGCUGGGUUUCUUGUUGGAAGGAAGUUGCUGCUGGGUGUGUGCGUGCCAUGCCACGUAAAUAUUUCAGUGGCUCCUGCAAACAUAUUUAUGGUUAUGUUCUUCCAUCUGCCACAGAGAAGUUAAGGCUGCAAAAGGGUGAUUUAACAAGAGUGGAAAGAGUCUGUCUUGGUUGCUUUUCUUCCAGUUUAAAUGGGUUUAAAAUGUAUGCAUGGAGAUAUAAAUUAUUUAAGCCCUGUUCCUGUUCCUGCCAGUCAUCUUUGCCUUACAGUGAACAGCAAGGAGACGUUCAGCUGGCCCCAAAUGGGCCGGAACAGAAAGAGCCCCCUGGUACCCAGACCAGGAAAAUGGAAGUGACUGCAUGGGGUGUACUGGGAUGUUUAAAUCACAGAGGACCUCAACACUGCUCAGAUGCAACGACAGCCUUUCCUACCUGGGCUAAUGCCACUGGAGAGGGAAUUCUGCAUUGCUGAAGUUCACUGCUCUGUCAGAGCAUGAGGCCGGGCAGACAACCUUGAUUAUCCAGCUAAGAAACACCUACUUUUGGCUAGGGAUGGGAAGGAAACAUUCCUCAUUCCAGACACUGCCCAAACUUUGUAUUUUGCUGUUGAAAUAGUGCCUGUGGCCAGUUUAAAUGUGAACCUACUCCUAUGAUUAAAUGACAAAAAAGAAGUUAAAAUAUCUAUAUUGUCUACGUUCAAUAGCUGACUGCACGGCAAAUAUCUUAAAUUACCUUAUAGUUCAAGUGAUAUCAGGUUAAAGCCAAGCAACUGCUAGCAGGUGAUGCCAUAACACUGGAGAAAUCAAAGAGUUCUGAACAAAAUCUCUGAAGCCAGACUCUGAUGUGCUGGAGAUGUUGCCAACAUAAAUCAUCAUUUCUCCCUGCUUUCAGACCACCAUUGAUCCCAAAACCCUAGAGACUGCUGCAAGCAGGCCAGCCACUGAAUCGGUUCAUUUUUUACUGUGCUAAUCUGAAAAACUCCACCAGCAGCUCUACGAGGAAAUAUUUGAACUUUCAAGUGGUGGCAGUGACUCUGGCAAAGCAGCAGAUAAUCCUGUGCAGGAGCAAACCAGAGCACGAACCCAGGAAAACUGCAACCAAACUAAAAACUGCUCCCCCUCCGUGCCACUCCUGCUAUCCAGUGAUGUACAGCCAUGGAAGCAGCGGAUCACAGCAUUCUCCAGGUUGCUGCAUGAACCUUGGGUCAUCUUCAAUUCCACCCUGCUCUGGACACAAAGACUCUGCUUUGCCCAUCCUGUGGCUGCCUCUUGACUUUGUGCAUCGGUAGGAUUGGUUUCAGCUGCAGAGUGGAAAAGCUGCUUCAUGUGAAUUCAUCAGGAAGAACCAAAUAAUGUGCACAACAACUGAAAUAAGCCAAGAAAGGAACUUCUCCCUCCAUCACUCCCCCUACAUCUCUUCUAUAUAAACAAACAAGAUCAGUUCAUUCUCCAGAAGGCACCAGAUAAUUAAUUUCAUUUCCCAGCUCUUGUUUUAUCAAAACAAAUAUAUUUAGCAGAGGCUGCCUGAACAAAGAAGUGACAGUGGGAAACUUCCCCUGUGGUCCUAAUGCAGAUGUGAAUCAGCAGAACAGCAAUCCUAGGAGAAGCCUUCUUCCUUUCUUUUUCUUUCACAUAUAGUUGGAUAACACACAGAGUAUCUUUCCAUUUAUACCUACUUAUCAUCAUAGAGAUAUUUUUGUUUACUCUAACAUGCUCACAUGUAUUUCCAAGAUUGGAAAAGCAGCCAUGAAGCUAUUUUAAAAAAUUAUUAAACUCUCAGCCAUUAAAAGUUCAUUCCUCACUGGAAUCCCACUUGUCAGAGCAAAUAAAUCUGUGAAAUAGGUUGAAAUGUUUGAGGUGAUUUGUGACUCCUUUCUAAAUGGUCCCUUCAAAUGGAUUCCCCUUCCAUUUGAGAGCAGCAGCAAAUUUUGGCUUUUGCAGCAAUUUGGCUGCUCCAAGCAAAGCAGAACACAGCUGAUGAAGGCUGGGGGCUCCUAGCAGAGCUCCAAGCACGCAGGACAGAGCUGCACACUGAGGAGCUUCUUGUAGGAACCCUUGGGGAUGCACUGCAGAGCCACUGCCACCGGUGCAGACGGAUCCUUCCCCUCAUCCUCCAGCCCUGCCUGCCCCACAGUGCCCUUCACUGCUGGCUGUGCUUCCUCCCUUCCACCCCACACCCCAAGCCUUUACCACAGAGCCCAGUGAAGCCCAGAGGAGCCUGAGCUGAUCACAUCCAUUGUAUUUGCUUCAGAAGGAGCUUGACAGCCCAAAAAG